AUGUCAGAUCGAUUGACGCGUAUUGCCAUCGUCAGCAACGACAGAUGCAAGCCCAAAAAGUGUCGUCAGGAGUGUAAGAAGAGUUGCCCUGUUGUCAGAACCGGUAGAUUGUGUAUUGAGGUUACUUCUCAAUCGAAGAUUGCUUACAUAUCCGAGGAAUUGUGCAUUGGAUGCGGUAUUUGUGUUAAGAAAUGUCCUUUUGAAGCUAUCCAGAUUAUCAACUUGCCUAAGGAUUUGGACAAAGACACCACUCACCGAUAUGGUCCUAAUACUUUUAAGCUUCACAGGUUGCCGGUUCCGAGGCCAGGGCAAGUGCUUGGUUUGGUUGGGACUAAUGGAAUUGGAAAGUCCACCGCCCUCAAAGUUUUGGCUGGAAAGUUGAAGCCAAACUUGGGUCGUUUCACUAACCCUCCUGAUUGGCAGGAAAUUUUGACCUAUUUUCGAGGAUCUGAAUUACAGAAUUACUUUACUCGCAUUCUAGAGGAUGAUUUGAAGGCUAUCAUCAAGCCUCAGUAUGUUGAUCACAUUCCAAAAGCAGUGCAAGGGAAUGUAGGGCAAGUGCUAGACCAAAAAAAUGAAAGAGAUAUGAAGGAAGAGCUCUGUGCUGAUCUUGAACUUAAUCAAGUUAUAGAUCGUAAUGUUGGUGAUCUUUCGGGGGGUGAGCUCCAAAGGUUUGCAAUUGCGGUUGUUGCCAUCCAAAAUGCUGAGAUAUACAUGUUUGACGAACCUUCCAGUUAUCUUGAUGUGAAACAGAGGCUGAAAGCGGCACAAGUUGUCCGAUCAUUACUAAGGCCUAAUAGCUAUGUAAUUGUUGUUGAGCACGAUCUUAGUGUCUUGGACUACUUAUCAGACUUUAUUUGCUGUUUGUAUGGCAAACCUGGUGCUUAUGGAGUUGUAACACUUCCUUUUUCAGUCAGAGAAGGAAUUAAUAUCUUCUUGUCUGGCUUUGUUCCGACAGAAAAUCUUAGGUUUCGGGAGGACUCUCUUACCUUCAAGGUUGCAGAGACUCCUCAGGAAACUGCUGAAGAGGCUCAAGCAUAUGCUCGAUACAAAUACCCAACCAUGACCAAAACUCAAGGCAAUUUCAGGCUUCGUGUAGUUGAAGGGGAAUUUACGGAUUCUCAGAUUGUUGUGAUGCUUGGUGAGAAUGGGACAGGAAAGACAACAUUCAUUCGAAUGCUGGCUGGUUUAUUGAAACCUGACGUUAUAGAAGGUGGAUCUGAGGUGGAGAUGCCUGAGUUCAAUGUUUCAUACAAACCUCAGAAAAUUAGCCCUAAGUUCCAAUCAACUGUUAGACACCUGCUACAUCAAAGAAUUCGUGAUGCAUAUACUCAUCCUCAGUUUAUGUCAGAUGUGAUGAAACCCCUACUUAUCGAACAGUUGAUGGACCAAGAAGUUGUGAAUCUUUCUGGUGGAGAAUUGCAAAGAGUUGCCUUAUGCCUUUGUCUCGGAAAGCCUGCAGACAUUUAUCUGAUAGAUGAGCCAAGUGCAUAUCUUGAUUCUGAACAACGUAUUGUUGCUGCAAAAGUCAUCAAAAGGUUUAUUCUUCAUGCAAAGAAAACAGCCUUUGUGGUCGAGCAUGAUUUCAUCAUGGCAACUUAUCUUGCUGACAGAGUUAUUGUCUAUGAGGGUCAACCUUCAAUUGAUUGUCAGGCAAAUUGUCCACAAUCGCUGCUGACUGGGAUGAAUCUUUUCUUAUCUCAUCUUGAUAUCACAUUUAGAAGAGACCCAACUAAUUUCCGCCCAAGGAUCAACAAACUUGAUUCAACCAAGGAUAGAGAGCAAAAGCACGCUGGUUCUUAUUAUUACCUGGAUGACUGA